ACUCUCAAGGAACUUAUUUUCGAUUAAUUAUUUAUUGAUAAAUAGAUUUUGGUAAAUACACAUGGAGUUGUUAUUGAAAUAAAUAUUUUAAUAACAAUAAAAAUAUAGAUACCAAAAAUGCAGCGGAGUCUAAUCGAUUGUUUAAACAUCUGAAAUAGACAAAAUAAGAAUCAAUUAUGGAUCCAGUUAUGAAACAUCUCAAACCUACGACUUGUAAAGAAGCGAUUCAAAGAUGGGAAGAAAAAACGGGAUUAAAUGCUAGCGAAGCAAAGGAAGUAAUCAUAUCUUUUCAAUGGCCUCCAAUAGAAAAAAUGGAUAACAGUUUAGCUGUUUUUGUUAAUGUAGAGUUAGUUAUAAAAGCAUCAUAUACUUUCUUCUUAACGUAUAAAGUUAAAAUAAUGAGUAACAAUGAGGUAUUUUUUCAUAGAAAAUUAUCUUUAUCUUCUAAUAUGAUAGAAAGAAUAAGUGGAAUUAACUCUUUAAAAAAUUUACGAAUAUUAUCCGUUGCUCGUAAUGCUAUCAAAAGUUUUUCUGGAUUAGAGGGGAUAGGUGAUCAUUUAGAAGAAUUAUGGAUAUCGUACAAUAUGAUAGAAAAAACCAGAGGCGUAAACUUGCUUAAAGCGCUCAAAGUUCUAUAUAUCGGUAAUAAUUUAAUACGAGAUUGGGUAGAAUUCAAUCGAUUGCAAGAAAUUCCUAAUCUAGAAGAUCUAUUAUUUAUAAACAAUCCUUUAUGGGAAAGCAUGGAUACUGAAACAUGGCGUACUCAAGCCAUAAAGAGACUUCCAAAUUUGAAGAAACUUGAUUCAAUACCAAUAGUGCGCGCUACUGAUGACGACGAUGAUUCAUAAAAUUCAUCACAUUAGAUGAAAUAAAAUCAAUUAAAGAACAAAAUAUAAUGCAUGUAUUUACAUGUGUAAUGUUAUUAUCCCCAUGAUAAAAAUGUAUUACAAUAUCGUAUUAUUAUUAUUUAUAAUUCAAUGUAA